UAAACAAUUAUAAUUAGUUAAUUAAACAAAUAAUAAGUCUCCCGACACCUGCCUAUCCUCACUCUCCCUCUCCUCCCAUUCCUACUUGCCUCCAAAUUUUCCCGAGAACCAAACACCCACCUACACCAAUAAAACCACCAUGAGAGAAAUCCUCCACAUCCAGGGCGGUCAAUGCGGCAACCAAAUCGGAGCCAAGUUUUGGGAAGUCAUCUGCGACGAACAUGGGAUUGACCAAACCGGGAAAUACAGUGGCGACUCCGAUCUUCAGCUUGAACGGAUUAACGUUUAUUAUAACGAAGCCAGUGGGGGCCGGUACGUUCCCAGAGCGGUUCUCAUGGAUCUGGAGCCGGGUACUAUGGACUCCCUCAGAUCCGGGCCGUUUGGUCAAAUCUUUCGCCCGGAUAACUUUGUUUUUGGGCAGUCGGGUGCUGGGAAUAAUUGGGCUAAGGGUCAUUACACUGAAGGCGCUGAGUUGAUUGAUUCUGUUCUUGAUGUUGUCAGAAAAGAAGCUGAGAAUUGUGAUUGCUUGCAGGGAUUUCAAGUAUGUCAUUCUUUGGGUGGAGGAACUGGUUCUGGCAUGGGAACCCUUCUUAUAUCGAAAAUCAGGGAGGAGUAUCCUGAUCGCAUGAUGCUAACAUUUUCAGUCUUUCCUUCACCCAAGGUAUCUGACACAGUUGUUGAGCCAUACAAUGCCACCCUCUCUGUUCAUCAGCUUGUUGAGAAUGCUGAUGAAUGUAUGGUGCUGGAUAAUGAAGCUCUUUAUGAUAUUUGUUUCCGGACUCUCAAGCUUGCUACCCCAACUUUUGGUGAUCUUAACCAUCUCAUCUCUGCUACUAUGAGUGGUGUCACCUGCUGUCUUCGUUUCCCUGGGCAGCUGAACUCUGACCUUAGGAAGCUUGCUGUUAAUCUUAUCCCAUUCCCGCGUCUUCAUUUCUUCAUGGUUGGUUUUGCACCCUUGACAUCAAGAGGAUCACAGCAGUAUCGUGCUCUUACUGUCCCUGAACUAACCCAACAGAUGUGGGAUGCCAAGAACAUGAUGUGUGCUGCUGAUCCACGUCAUGGUCGCUACCUCACUGCUUCAGCCAUGUUCCGUGGUAAGAUGAGUACAAAAGAGGUAGACGAACAAAUGAUUAAUGUCCAGAACAAGAACUCUUCAUACUUUGUUGAGUGGAUCCCGAAUAAUGUCAAGUCUAGUGUAUGUGACAUUCCUCCUAAGGGUCUCAAAAUGGCAUCCACAUUCAUUGGAAACUCAACUUCAAUCCAGGAGAUGUUUAGGCGGGUUAGCGAGCAGUUUACAGCUAUGUUUAGGCGGAAGGCUUUCUUGCACUGGUACACUGGUGAGGGAAUGGAUGAGAUGGAGUUCACUGAGGCUGAGAGUAACAUGAAUGAUUUGGUGGCAGAAUAUCAGCAGUAUCAGGAUGCAACUGUCGACGAUGAGGAAUAUGAGGGGGAAGAAGAGGAAAUUGCAGGUUGAGGUGUCAUGUUAUUUGCCGUAUGUUCAGUUUGUCAGAAAUCUGUAUCUUGCUGGCUCUCUUUCGGUGAGUGGUUUAUGUUUCUGUUGUUGAGAGGUCAACUUAGAUUGAUUGGCAUGUUGAUGUGUAUGUAUGUAAUAUAAUGUGGGUAUGUAUGUGAAGAUGGGUUAUGUUGUGACUGCUUUACUUUUUAAUUUGAAUGAUGGAUGCUUGUACUGUGUAGUUGCAUGUAUAGCUUUUGUUGGUUUGUAAUGGGCAUAGGAUGAAA